GCCGCAGGUGGCGGCGCAGUCUCGGGGUCCGUAUGAGUUUGGCUGGGGGCCGGGCCCCCCGGAAGACCGCCGGGAAUCGCCUUUCGGGGCUCUUGGAGGCCGAGGAGGAAGAUGAAUUCUACCAGACGACUUAUGGGGGUUUUACAGAGGAGUCAGGCGAUGAUGAGUAUCAAGGAGACCAGUCAGACACAGAGGAUGAGGUGGACUCUGACUUUGACAUCGAUGAAGGGGAUGAACCGUCCAGCGAUGGAGAAGCGGAAGAGCCAAGAAGGAAGCGCCGGAUAGUCACCAAGGCCUAUAAGGAACCUCUCAAGAGUUUAAGGCCUCGAAAGGUUAGCACGCCAGCUGGUAGCUCUCAGAAGGCUCGAGAAGAGAAGGCACUGCUGCCGCUUGAACUGCAGGAUGAUGGCUCGGACAGUCGGAAGUGUAUGCGUCAGUCUACAGCGGAGCACACGCGACAAACAUUCCUCCGGGUACAGGAGAGGCAGGGCCAGUCACGGCGGCGAAAGGGGCCCCACUAUGAGCGACCACUGACCCAGGAGGAGCUGCUUAGGGAGGCCAAGAUCACAGAGGAGCUCAACCUCCGCUCACUGGAGACCUAUGAGCGACUUGAGGCUGACAAAAAGAAGCAGGUUCACAAGAAACGGAAGUGCCCUGGGCCCAUUAUCACCUAUCACUCUGUGACAGUGCCACUUGUUGGGGAGCCAGGCCCCAAGGAAGAGAAUGUGGAUGUGGAAGGACUUGAACCUGGUCCCACAGCUUCAACACUGACUCCCCACGCUGGAACCGGACCUGUCAUCCCCGCUGCCCGCUGCUCACGCACCUUCAUCACUUUUAGUGACGAUGCGACAUUUGAGGAAUGGUUCCCCCAAGGGCGGCCUCCAAAGGUCCCUGUUCGGGAAGUCUGCCCAGUGACACAUCGCCCAGCCCUAUACCGAGACCCGGUUACAGACAUACCCUACGCUACUGCCCGAGCCUUCAAGAUCAUUCGUGAGGCCUACAAGAAGUACAUCACUGCCCAUGGACUGCCACCAACUGCCUCAGCCCUGGGCCCUGGCCCUCCACCUCCCGAGCCCCUCCCAGGCCCCGGGCCCCGAGCUCUGCGUCAGAAAAUCGUCAUCAAAUGAGAUGGCGCUUCCUUAGCAGCAUCCUUCCUGCCUGACUUGGGUCUCUGGAUGUCCCCCGCUUCUCUUCUCUGUCAUCCCUGACCUUUACCCAACCGUGGUGUUCUUCGGAAUUCCUUCUCCUUUGUUUCUGCUGGUUUUGUUUUUAAUAAAAUAGAAUGAUCCCUUU